UAAUGUGUCAAGUAGUAAGAGGUAUGGGUAUCUUCAAUCAUUUAAGUCUCGUUUGACUCGGUUUCACUUUUUUCGUUAUUUUCCAACUACUAUACUUCACGUAGUCACUCAUCCCGCUGUGCAAAUGCCUUUAUGUUCGCCAACUCACUUCUUGAGGAAUCCGGUAAAUUAUGGGCAUUGCAGGAGUGCGCACGUAGGACUCAAACUCAUUACAAAUUCAAAUUAUGCUAUCAUGAUUUUUCAAUCGUGUUUACCCACGUCGAUGUAUUUUUUCAUCCUGUCCAGAUUCUCCAUAUUCUUGAUGUAGCGAUUCGGAGUUAUUAUUUCACCCAGAUCAGCAAAAUGCAAUUUUUUCUCCGCAUCAAAUUCGCCUUCACCGCGAUUGUCCUAGAAGGUGUCCAUGGGCUGAACCGUUCUAAGCAUAGGCCUACCACGCUUGUUGAAUUGGCGUCUGCAGAGCAUCCCUUCGGGACGCGUGUGAAAGAGCCACGACAGAAUGACCCACUCCCAACGCAGAUCAAAGUGCUGAAAAUCGACAAUGAGGAGGUGGAGCAAGCGAAAAGCGGGAACCUUGGGCUCCGCGGUUUGCAGUCCAGCAAUCCGGAUAAGCUCCUGCACGACGAUGACAUGCUGUUCAUAAAGUAGCUGGGGGGGGUGACCAAUAAAGUCUCGAGAAGUAAAUGACAACCCCGACAAACGACGGGGCGGCUACAACGCAAACUUUGUAUCAUGCGAUCUCAAGCACCAAAACCGGCAAUGGAUUGCGUGACCGAAUGACGCAAUACCGCUACGCAAUACCGGAGCAGCAGAGUUUCAAAGAGGUGUUGUCCGAUGAUGAGGCAGCACGACAAGCGACAUCAAAGGAGGAGGAGGCAGCACCGGCGGAGGUGGCACCAGCGGAGGCACCACCGGAACCGGCGGAGGGAGCAUCGGCAAAAGAUAGGGAGCCACCAAAGGAGGAGGCAGCACCGGCAGAAGUAGCACCAGCGGAGGAGGCACCACCGACACCGGCGGAGGAGGCACCAGCAGAUGUGGGGCCUCCAAAGGAGACUGCAGCACCGGUAGAGGAGGCAGUAUCUACACCUGCGGUGGAGGAGGCAGUACUGGCACCGGCGGAGGUGGAGGUGGAGGAAGCGGCAACGGCGGCGGAUCCACCGGCGGCGGCUGAACCAACACCGGAGGCAUCGGAGGUCGGGGCGGAGGCACCUCCGGUGGAUGAGGAGUUGGCUGCGGCUGCAGCCGCGGCACCUGCUGCCUCGAGUGAACCGACGAAGGACUCAGCUGCUGGAGCAGAGCAGAAGAAGUCUCCGCGUGCUGGGAAUUUGCGCGGUACUCGAUGCUUCGACGCAGCGCUGGGCUGCAACUAGUGCAGUCUGCAGAAACUAGUAGAUUUGAAACGAAGUGGUAUAGUGCCACUGCAAUUGGGGCGGGCCAGCAUGUACAGUUUUAUCUCAACACUUUUUGAACAGGUUUUUACAAGAACAGGAAAUCAAAGGAGAUGUAGAACUAGAAUUGCAAGUAGCAAAGCAGAAUGAACAUCUUCUAAUUCAUAUAAUUGCAUAUUGGGGGAUAUCUCCAAGAGUUGUCUCAAGAUACCACCAAGAACCCCUUUCAUUUUGACUGGUCAUGUGAAGCUAAUGUUGUGCUAAUCAUCCAUGUAAUGGAACCUUGUCAGGAAAGACCCAGAAAUACCCAGUCCGCAUGUAGCAAUGUUGUAUUCGUGCACACAAAUGAAACUUCUUGAGAAAAAAUGAGCAACAGGUGCCUCUUGCUCGUGAAAUGAGAGAGCUCGCUCAGGUGGAUCCAGUAAAUAUUAUCUUUGUCCGACCUAUGUGAGUGUUCCGUUCCCGGUCUUUGCAUCCCGAAGAAUUUU